GGCGCGCGGACGAAAGAGACUUGCUGCCGGAGCUCACUUUGACUUUGACUUUGAUUGGAGACCCGAACUUCUUCAUCAUCUUCUUCUUCUUCUUCUUCCUCCUCCGCGCGUUCGAAGGACUUAAGACUUUCCACCCAGGGGAAGAAUGCAGAGAGAUGAAGUCUCCACGAGUUGGUCGCAAUGAGCGUGUUCGGACGUUGACAAGCGGAUUUUAGGGUUCGACUCAGUGACUGACUUUUCUUAUUUUUUAUUUCUUCCCUUUUCCGUCCCUGCUUAGUUAAUUCCAAAGUAAAACAUUGGAUUAUUAUUCAUAUCAAUUAUUGCAUUGAAGGUUGUUGCGUGUGCGCUGAUAAUUUGGACUUGAAAGAGGAUAUUGUGCUUUUAUUUUUCCCCUUUUCCUUCAAAAGCGGAUUAAUCUUUGGGAUUUUUUUCUCUCCUAAAAUCAUCGGAAUCCACAUCUUCAACAUGAAGUCCCACACUGCGUGGAUAUGCAUCUGCAGCUUUCUCCUGCUCUUAGAUGAGACGUCCGGUUCCUGGGACGGCUCCUCGGCUUUGUCCGCGGCGCCCUCGGCCGACGGCGACCCCGGGCCCGAAGGCGCCUCGUCGGAACUGGUGGACUGCAUCCAGGCCAGCGACAUGUGCAACCAGAACCCGCACUGCAGCUCCCGGUACCGCGUGAUGCGCCAGUGCCUCGUGGGCAAGGAGAAGGAGGCCAUGCUGGACAACAACAGGGAGUGUCAGGCGGCCUUGGAGGUGCUGCUGGUCAGUCCGCUGUUCGACUGCCGCUGCAAGAGAGGCAUGAAGAAGGAGCUGCAGUGUCUCCAGAACUACUGGACCAUCCACAUGGGACUCACCGAAGGUGGCGACAUGGAGGACUCAUCCCCGUAUGAACCAGCACCACCCGGACGACACCAGGAUGCUUUCCGUUUGGCCUCCAUCUCCUCAGGGAUGCUCACAGUGGCCCCGAAAGGAUUCCACUGUGCCGACGCCGAGAGAACCUGCAACCCCUGCCUGGACGCGGUCAAAGCCUGCAACCUCAACGGCACCUGCAAGAGGCACCGGUCGGCGUACAUCGCCACCUGCAUCAAGGAGGACACCAACAAAGGGGAAACCUGCAGCAAGAAGCGCUGCCACAAAGCGCUCAGGCUCUUCCUGGACCGCGUGCCCGCCGAGUUUAGCCACCGCCUGCUCUUCUGCCCCUGCCAGACCGAGGGCUGCGCCGAGCGCCGGCGCCAGACCAUCGUGCCCGAUUGCUCCUACCGAGAAAAGGACACGCCCAACUGUCUGGAGCUGAGGAAGGUCUGCCGCCAGGACACGCUCUGCAGGUCCAGGCUGGCUGAUUUCAUGGCGAACUGCCGCAGCAUCCCACCCACGGUGAGCACCUGUCCCAACCAAGACAAUCACCAAGCCUGCUUGGCCUCCUACACAAGGCUCAUCGGGACGGAGAUGACGCCCAACUAUGUGGACAGCAACUUCAGCCAGUGGACCAUCUCGCCAUGGUGCACUUGCAAAGGCAGCGGAAACCAGGAGGAAGAGUGCACCGACUUCCUGAGGAGCUUCUCCGACAACACCUGCCUGAAAAAUGCCAUUCAGGCUUUUGGUUAUGGUCUGGACUACAUGUCGAUCAAGAACGCAUCCGUCCUCGACCCCUCGGCCACGAUGAAGACGGGGUCGGAGAGAUCGACAUAUACCACGGAGCCCCCGUUUGUGACCAUCGUGAAGUAUCCCGAACCGAGAGACGGCGGGCCGGGCAAACCUCAGGGCCUGCCAGAGGAUCAGUGCGCGUGUGUGCGUGCCAACGUCUGGGCUCUGCUCCCCGGCCUGGCCUUGGCUGUGCUCCUGGCUCAACACGCCUUAUAGAAGUGCCAGGACGGGGGAGGGGAGGUCGCCCUCCCACCAGCUCGUCCCAAAAGCAGAAGGUGUCGUUUCUCCACUGAUAUGAAGAAGGCCCGUUUGAUUUGAAAGGGAAAAGUCAUUCAUUUGAUGUCAUCCCACCACGGAACUACGGACGGGACUUCUUUUACAAACGGACCCUCGCCGCCACGAGGGCCACACCCCCUCUGACAGAGACUUCUCGGGAGAAGAAAGGUUUAGAAAGACUUUUUGCUUCUUACGGGGGAGGGUCCGGUCCGCCUCUUUAUCACUAUUGUAAACUCCAAAUCUGUAAACACUACUCCAUGGUCUAAGUGUCGGUAUUUAGUAUCCGUGACCAUAAUCCAUCUACCGCAUUUUUCCGGGCGUGCACCGUCGUUCUUUGGUCAUCCGAAGUGUUGCUGUUGACGCCCUGUGGCUGUGCGCCGUACAUCCACUUGCACAUGUGAAUAUAAAUGUCUCUAUAUGUAUUUAUUGGGGGAAAGUGGGGGGAAAAAAAGACGAUUUUCCUUUUUUUCGGUCCAAGGAUAUCUGUACAGUGUGGAGUGAAAUGACUGGCAAAACACACACAACGAUGUUUUUACUUACGCCCGACGAUUCGCAAGUACAAAAAACGAUUUUCUUCAAGUAAAAAAAAACGAUUCGCAUAUUCAAAAAGAACAUUUUCUGCAAGUAAAACAACAAUUUGGAGAUUUCAAAAAAAUGAACAAGCACGAAAAGUUAAGAAAAAAAAAAACUUUUUACAAGUAAAAUAACAAUUUGCGUUUAAAAAAAACUAUUUUCUUUAUUUAGGAAAAUUUUGCACGUUUCCUUAAUGAAAAAACUAUUCACAAAAGACGAUUCGCAAGUAAAAAAAUAUAUUUUCUUUAAUUUGCAUGUAUGAAAAAUGUUGUCUGCAACUAAAAAACAAUUCGCAAGUAAAAAAAACCUAACAAUUUCCCAUGUAAAAAAUUAUUUACCAAAAACAAUUUGCAAGUAAAAAAUACAACAAUUUUAUUCAAUUAGAAAACGAUUCGCAAGUACAAAAAAAUAUAUUGUCUUUAAUUUAAAAAAUGAUUUGCACGAACAAAAAACAAUUUGGUUGAGUUAAAAAAAACUAUUUGCAAGUAUGAAAAAUAUUGUCUGCAACAAAAAACAAUUCGCAAGUAAAACAUGUUAUUCUUCAAUUAAAAAAACGAUAUGCGCAUAAAAAAACAUUAAAAAAAACUCUGCAAGCAAAAAUACCAUUCCCAAUUAAUAAAACAAUUUUCUUUAAUGUUAAAAAUGAUUUACAAAAACCUAUUGGCAAGUACAAAAAUAAAACUAUUUUAUUCAAUCAGAAAACGAUUCGCAAAUUAAAGAAAUGUUUUUCUUUAAUUUAAAAAAUUAUUUGCACGAACAAAAAACUAUUUGGUUGAAUUUAAAAAAAUUACUUGCAAGAAUGAAAAAUAUUGUCUGCAACUAAAAAACGAUUCACAGGUAAAACAUUUUAUUCUUCAAUUAAAAAACGAUUUGCGGGUAAAUAAAAAUGAAUCUAAAGUAUAAAAACUAUUUUCUGCAAAUAAAAAAACGAUUCACAGGUUAAAAAAAAGUAGCAACAAGUGAAAAAAAACAAUUUGUGUGUAAAAAACGAAACAAUUGUCUUCAAUUAAAAAACGAUUUGCGCGUAAAAAAAAAAAUAAAACAAAUUCUGCAAACAAAAAUACCAUUCCCAUUCAUAAAAACAAUUUUCUUUAAUGUAAAAAAUUAUUUACAAAAAACAAUUGGCAAGUAAAAAAUAAAACAACUUUAUUCAAUUAGAAAACGAUUCGCAAGUAAAAAAAAAAAUAUUUUCUUUAAUUUUGAAAAAUGAUUUGCACGAACAAAAAAUUAUUUUCUUGAAUCAAAAAAACUAUUUGAAAGUAUGAAAACUAUAGUCUGCAACUAAAAAACGAUUCGCUAGUACAUCAAAUGUUUCUUCAAUUAAAAAAACCAUUUGUGCAUAAAAAUACAAAUAAAUUCUGCAAGUAAAAAAAUUAAUCUAAAGUAUAAAAACAAUUUUUUUGCACGUACAAAAUGAUUCACAGGUUUAAAAAAGUAUCAACAAGUAACAAAAAUUAUUUGCGUCUAAAAAACAAAACAAUUUUCUUCAAAUAAAAAACGAUUUGCGCGUGAAAAAAAAUUAUGCAAGCAAAAAUACCAGUCCCAGUUAUAAAAACAAUUUUCUUUAAUCUAAAAAAGGAUUUACCAAAAAAUAUUGGCAAGUUAAAUAAAACAAUUUCAUUCAAUUAAAAAACAAUUUGCACUUAAAAAACAUAACAUUUUCUGCAAGUAAAACAACAAUUUGCACCUAAAGAAAAAUUAUGUUAUUAAAAAAUCAAUUCGCACGUAAAAAAAAACAAUUUUCUGCCAUUAAAAAAACAAUUUGCAAGUAUAAAACAAUUCUCUGUAAUUAAAUUUUUUUUUUCGCAAACAAUUAGCAAGUAAAAAAAAUUUUUAUUUUCAAAUUGAAAAAAACUUAGCAAGUAAAAAAACAACUAUUUUCUACAAGUAAGAAAAUGAUUAUCACAUACAAAUAAAAAAUUUUGUAAGUAAAAAAAAAAAUUCCCAAGUAUAAAAACAAUUUUCUUCAAUUGAAAAAACGAUUUGCACGUAAAAAAACAACAACAAUUUCCAGCAAUUAAAAGAAAUAUUCACAACUAGAAAAAAAAACUAUUUCCUGAAAUGAAACAAUAUAUCUGCACAUAAAAUAAAACAAUUUUAUGCAAGUAAAAUAACAAUUCGCAAGUAAAAAAACCAACUAGUUUCUUUAAUUAAAUAAACAACUCACACAUAAAAAAAACUAUUUUCUGCAAGAAAAAAAAGCUAUGCAGAUAUAAAAACAAGUAAAAAACAAUUUGAAAUGAUAAAAACAAGAUAGAAAAUGUUGGCACUAAUAGUGCACCCUGCAUUGCCUAAUUCUGUCAUUUUUUGCGGAUGGCACCAUACGCAAAUAACAGUAGCUCUGACAGCCUUAAAUUGACUUAGCAGCACCACCUGUGGCAGAGUGCAAAUGGUGGAAUGUUACAGCCAAAAAACUUUUAACUUGAAAAUAUUUUAUAUUUUUACUUGCAAUUCAGUCAUUUACUUGCAUUUUUUUUUUAUACUGGCAAAUAUUUAUUUUACUUGCAAAAAAUAGCUUUUUUACUUGCCAACUUUAAAAAAAAAAAAAUAUUGCAGAAAAUGGUUGUUUUACUUGCAAAUCGUAAAAAAAAACAUUUCCGUGUGUGCUUGGCGGUCAUUUCACUCCAAACGUGGAACAUGAAGACUCUGUGUUGGCGACCAAACUGACUUCUCACUUUUUUGGAAGGCCUUCAUUAUCUGCGCUGAAAUAAAUGUGUCUAUAUAAGGAAUGAUGACAAAGAAUGUAACAGGAAUGAGAUUAAAUGAACUACGUCUGCUCCGAAAGUGUGUGUGUGAGUGUGUGCGUGUGUUUAUUUGUGUUGACAAUCAGCACAGUGUGUGUUAGGGAUGUAACGAUUACAGUCACAACCACUGUGUUACCAACUGAUGGGUAAAUGACGCCUGAGUGAGUGCAUGGCACACUCACUACCUGUUUUGACACGGUUUCAUUAUGGUCACAUGCCGGAUUAAAUAAUAAUAAUAAUAAUAAUAGUGAGCAUAUACUGUAUGAUUGUUUUUAAUAAAUAGCUGCAUAGGAAGAAAUAUAAAAAAAAACUGAAUAUGGCCUUUGGUCAAUGAGCCAAAUAGGAGCGGCUGGCACGCUAAUCGCUUGCUAGCUUGAAUGCUAGCAUGAGCACAAUACAGAUCUUUUCCCCGUGACAAACAACACCUGUUUGCCUUUAUCAUUAAAAAUCGCUCUAAAACCUCGACAACAGACGUCUUCUGCAAGCAGUCCGUGGACCUCUGGUGGUCUGCAAAGGUACUGCAGGUGGUGGUGGAAUUUUUAGUAUUUUUCUACGAACGUAAACGUCUUGAUAUAGACAUAAAUGUUGAUCCGACGCACUGUGGUGUGUUUAUAAAUGGCCGCCGUAAUGACUUUAAAUUGCAGGUUUCAAAUAAAUAAUGUACAAUAUUGUCUUCAUGUUAGCAUUUACCAACAUUUAGCGCUAUUGGUACCAGCUAGCGAUUAGCGCUCUAGUUAUUAGCUGGCGAUGAGCGCGCUCUUGUCACUUGUCAGCUAAUGAGAAGUGAUCGAGCUGCCAGCUAGUGAUUAGCACACCAGUUGUCAGAUAGUGAUUCGGGCUCUAGUUUUCAGCGAGCAUUUAACACUCUCGUUGCCACCUAGCAAUUAGCACGUUAGUUGCCAGCUCAUGUUUAGGGUUCUAGUUUCCAGCUAGCAAUUAGCCUACUUGUUGUCCCUUGUCAGCUAGCAAUUACAACACCAGCUAGCAAUUAGCAUGCUAGUUGUCAAUUCUCAGAUAGCAGGGAGUGCACAAAAUGCCAGCUAGCAAUGAGCACAUUAGUUGAUCUAGUUGCCAGCUAAUGACAGGUAGCAAUUAGCGCUCUAGUUGUUAGCUAACAAUUAACACUCUCGUUGCCAGCUAGCGUUUAGCAUUCUAGUAACCAGCGAGUAAUUAGGGUUCUAGUUGCCAGCUCGUGUUUAGCAUUCCAGUUGCCAGCUAGCAAUUAGCCUGCCAGUUGUCACUUGUCAGCUAGCGAUUACAACAUCACUUAUCAGCUGGCAAUUAUCAGGCUAGUUGUCAAUUCUCAGAUAGCGAUUAGUGCACAAGAUGCCAGCAACAAUGAGCGCGUUAGUUGUCACUUGUAAGCCAGCGAGUAGCGAUCUAGUUGCCGGCUAGUGAUUAGCACACCAGUUGUCAGCUAGCGAUUAAUGCUCUAGUUGUCAGCUAGAAAUGAACACUCUAGUAAACAGCUAGUUAUUAGUAUGCUAGUUGCCAGCUAGCAAUUAGCCUGCUAGUUGUCACUUGUGAAAUACAGAUUACAACACCAGUUAUCAGCUAGCGAUUAGCAUGCUUGUGGUCAAUUCUCAGCUAGCGUUUAGUGCACAAGAUGCCAGCAAGCAAUGAGCGCGUUAGUUGUCACUUGUAAGCCACCGAAUAGCGAUCUAGUUGCCAGCUAGUGAUUAGCACACCAGUUGUCAGCUAGCGAUUAAUGCUAUAGUUGUCAACUAGAAAUGAACACUCUUGUAAACAGCUUGCGAUUAGUGCACUAGUUGCCAGCUCAUGUUUAGUGUUCUUGUUGCCAGCUAGCAAUUAGCCUGCUAGUUGUCACUUGUCAGCUAGCGAUUACAACACCAGUCAUCAGCUAGCGAUUAGCAUGCUUGUGGUCAAUUCUCAGCUAGCGAUAAGUGCACAAGAUGCCAGCAAGCAAUGAGCGCGUUAGUUGUCACUUGUAAGCCAGCGAGUAGCGAUCUAGUUGCCAGCUAGUGAUUAGCACACCAGUUGUCAGCUAGCGAUUAUUGCUCUAAUUGUCAACUAGCAAUUACCACUCUCGUAGCCAGCUAGUGUUUAGCGCGCUAAUUGACAGCUAACGUUUAGCAAUCUAGUCGCCAGCUAGCGAUUGGCCUGCUGGAUCUAACUUCUCCCAGCUAGUGAUCAAUGCACAAGAUGCCAGUCGUAAGCUAGCAACUAGCGCUCUUCUUUCCACCUAGCGAUUAGGUCUCCAGUUGUUAGCUAGCAAUUAGCCGGGUAGUUGUCACUUGCAAGCUAGUGAGUAUUGCUCUCGUUGCCUGAUAGUGAUUAGUACACCAGUUGUCGACUAGCGAUUAGCGCCCUAGUCGUCAGCUAUCAAAUAACACUCUAAUAGCCGGCUAGCGUUUUAGUAACCAGCAAGCGAUUAGCGUGCCAGUUGCCAGCUCGAAUUUAGCUUUUUCGUUGCCAGCUAGCGAUUACAACACCAGUUAUCAGCUAGCGAUUAGCAUGCUAGUUGUCAAUUCUCAGCGAGCGAUUAAUGCACAAGAUGCCAGCUAGCAAUGAGCAUGUUAGUUGUCACUUGUCAGUUAGCGAUUUGCGCUCCAGUUGCGAGAUAGCAACCAGAACUGCUCGUUAUCACUUGUCAGCUAGCAAUUAACACGCUGGUUGCUCGCUAGCAAUUAGCGUCUUCGUUACUAGCAAGCGACUAAUUAUUUCGUUGCCAGCUAGCGAUCACCAUAAGCGUUAUCAGCUAGCAAUUAACAAACUAUUUGUUAAAUGACAGCUAGCAACUAGCGCACAAGUACUUAUUGUUCAAUCAAUCAAUCAUCAAUCAAUGUUUACUUAUAUAGCCCUAAACAACCAGUGUCUCAAAGGGCUGCACAAGCCAUAACAACAUCCUUGUUACAUCCCUAGUGUGUGUGUGU